AUGUGGGUCAAAAACUACUCCAGCCGAGAACCGGACACCAAGGUUCCUUGGAGAUUCGUUCAUGGUGUCCAUGUCCUCCUCCUCCUCCAUCAGCAUCUCCUCUGUACGGCACUCAGUGCCGCUCUUCAGGCCGGAGGAAAUGAGAGAGCCAGACAAAUUUAUUUCAAAGAAUGGGAUUCUCAGCGUAAUGCUUGUCCCGAUGGCAGGCUUCGAGAAUUCAUCAAGAAUGUGUAUGUGGACAGAAAAUACAGUAGCGAGAGCAAUGAAAAGGCUUUGAGGCUGAGAACAGCUGACAAAGAAUGUUCUGAUGAAACUGAAAGGAUGAGCUACGAAAGAGCGAAAGCGGAUGGAAAAAAUGGUGAUGGAUCUCUCAAGUUUAACAUCGAUGAAAAGAGAAAUACAGGGCAUAUAAGGCAUCACUCAAGGGCUAGUGGUAGAGGUUUACCAAAGAGUCCUAUCCACUUCGAGAUUGUUGAUGACAGGUUUAGAGAUGACGGAGGAGGUGUUAAGCGAUAUGAUGGUCGUAACUCGGCAAGGGGACAACAUUCCAAGUCGCUCGAUCUCUCGAGUAAAACUGACAGGUUGAGCUCUCCAGUUGCACGGCCUAUCGGAGAAGUCUUAGGGGAUAAAGCUCCUCAAUUGCAGGUAAGGAAGGAUACAGUUGAUGACCCCAAGCCAAACCAGAAAUCAUCCCACAAGAACAGGGUGGAGCAGAAAACGGAAAACCCAGAAAACUUAAUGGAUUCACAGCCAUCUGAUCAAACAUCAACCCAGGUGAACCAGCAAAUACUCCAAUCCACUGCCAGUGACAAUCAGGCUUCAAGUGAAAUCCCUGCUUCUCAAAAACCAAAUCAGGGUCCAGAUCCUAAUUCUUUGGAGGCUUUGCUAUUUGGUCUCUCUGUUCCUUCAGCUGACAAGAACUCUGAACUAUGUAGCAAAACUGAUUCUUUCUCAACUGCACCUGUAAGCAAACAUUCUGCAGCUAGCCUUGAAAACCAGAUGUCAGCAACACAAGAAAACAUUGAUUCUUUUGCCGCAUCACCUCCCAAUGUGCCAGCUCAGCCUUCAAAUGCUGUUGCCGACAACUUAUAUACAAAAGAGAAUGCCGGAACUGACCAGCCACGAGUGGCACCAAACUCACCCGACUUUGAAGGGCCAUCAACUACUUCUAUGCAACAGUUGACCCUAUCAAUCUCAACUCCUGCUCAAGGACAAUCCCCUCGAGUUGGAUCUGAGCUUCAUCAAGAGAAGGCAAAGUCUAGUGGAAGGAAGGAACUUCCAGAAGAUCUUUUCACUGGAGGUUUCUCAUUUGCCUCCCCACAAGUACAUAAUUGGCAACCAGGUCUACCUCAUGGCAUUGGAUUUGGCUUGCCUUAUUAUCAAAACCCAAUGACAAUGGGAGGCUACAACUAUAACUAUACAUCAAAACCGACAAACCCGUUUGAUGCUGACAAUGAUACGACUCCAGUGCGUGCACCACAAUUUCCUUCUAUGGCAUUCACGCAUGGAGCCCUACCUCAUGUAUCAGCUCCAAGAGGGUUUUUGAAUACUCAGAGCCCAGUUGCAGGUUCUCUGGGAUCAAUGGCUCCACACUCGCCUUCUUAUGCAGCUGUGUUAUCUCCGAGGUCUCCAUCAUUUGCAUCCACUCUCUCCCCUGGUGCAUACAUGGCACAGCAAACACACAUGAAUAUGUUGCUGUCUCCCAGGAGGCAUGCCAUUGAUGGUCUGAAUACCGAAGGAAACGCUUUCAACUCCGCAAGCAGCGGAUACCCUUCUGCGAACCCAAGUCCCUAUCAUUCAAGAGGAAACCCGUUUGGAUGAGAUAUGAAGAACACAGAAUCAUGUCAGUGAAACUCUACACAUCGUAUGCUCAAUCUCACCCUCAACACAGACACGAUGAUCCUAAUAAUCAAAGUCCAGUGGUUUCAGAUCCACACGGUCUCCUUCAUCCCUUAUACAGAAGCUUAGACUGCAACAUUUGAUCGGAAAUAGCAGAUUGAAGUUACCUGAUUGCUUCGGGGAGAACUGGAGGUUUCUAUCUUCUAGCGGCAUCCUCUGUUACUCUGUAAACCUUGCCUUGCUUGUCCUUUCUUGAUCAAAUUCAAAUGUAUAGACUAAUCUCCAUCUUCUUUGUUGAAAGCUGUAAGCCUUGGCCUGCUGCAUAUAUGUAAUGUGGGGAUACUGGUGGUAACCAAGGAAUAAAUCUAUGUAUUUUAUUGAA